UUCUCGCGGAUAUCGCACAGUAGGGUAUUUCCGGCUGUUAUCAGUUAUCACCGGUUGUUUUAAGCUAGCGGAGGCUCCAGGAGGAUACCGCCGGCUUGCUGAGGGCGCGGCAGCGAGAGUUCGGUAAAUAUCUGCCCGGUUCCGGCGAGGGAAAAUGUUAAUGUUCUGCCCGACCUGCGGAAACCUGCUGCUCGUGGAGGAAAGCACCGAUUCGUUACGAUUUUCCUGCAACACCUGUCCCUACAUCUGUAAGAUAAAGCGGAAAAUAUCCACCCGCAUCUAUCCGAAACUGAAGGAAGUGGACCAUGUUAUGGGCGGUGCUGCGGCGUGGGAAAACGUAGAUUCAACUGACGCCGUGUGCCCGGCCUGUGGCAACGCCCGUGCGUACUUUAUGCAGAUGCAAACCCGGUCCGCCGACGAACCGAUGACCACGUUCUACAAGUGCUGCGAGCAAACCUGCGGACAUCUCUGGCGUGAUUAA